GUUUGUACAGGUUCGCGAGGAUCAGCUCGUAGGCGCCAAUAGAAGGGGCUUACCGAGAUCUCAAUUGAGCGAAGGCAGCCUUUAAAGGCAAUCAUUCCCGUCCAACUGGAUAACAUUCCAUAAAUCAUAAAAAGUAUUCCACCGCGCAAGGCCAGUUGACUUACCCAAUACCGAACUGUGAAUGCCGUCGAUUAUAUCCACCAAGAAAUGUCUGAAGCACCGACAGCCGCACAUCCUUUACUGCACCGCGUCGGCCGACGCCAUGGAAAAUACGACUUUGGGCGCUACGAGCGCCUCGUAGGCCAGCAAGUAUCCAUUGGCGCAGGAAUGAUCGGUAAAGUCAGCGUCGACUGCUGCUUCCUGUUCAAGAAGUCGCAAUGGGGUGUCCUCACUGAGCAGCAGAACCCCGCUGGCGUCGUCUAUCUGGACCUCGCCUUUCACCAGCCGAAUGACUGCCGCCUGGAAAGUGCGACGGUGACGGUAACGCUGGACGAUGACGAUAAAGACCUAGUUCGCCAGUUCUCGGGUGGCACUUCACCGGUGACCAAAAUGGAGAACCCAGUCCGCAUCAGCUACUUUGGGCCAAGGCAACUGAAUGGCCAGCCGCGGCAGCAGCUCAAACUCGUCAGACACAGGGCUACUCCCUACGUUGAAGCCGGCGGCAUCGUCGGCAUUGGGAACAUGGGCAGAGACUCGGAGAAGGCCUUCAUCCAGGAGAGUCGCUGGAUUUUCAACAGCCAUAUCGGCCCAGACAGAAGCAAGAAGAACAGCUGGGCCUACCGUGUUCUCCAAUGGGAACUUGCCGAGAACAAGCUGGAGAAGCAGGCAACCCAUAACAAUAAGUUCCAUACAGCUUUUGCCUUCGAGCACGGAGGACAGCCGUUCUUUAUGAAGGUUGAAGUCGAUGGCAAACUGAAGCGUCGGUUGUGGCCAUACAAGUUCGGGUCCAAAGAUUCCGCGACAACGCUCGUCAACUUCGGUGGUCGCGAUAAAUUCCGUAAACCGCUCGAUGAACUAGCCAUGGGUCUACCACUCGCCAUGGAGGAGGAGAACAACCCUCCCAGAGAAGUACCCAACAGAGAAUCGGCAACUUUCCAUUACGGCACGAUGAAAGCCGAGCGACUGGCCAUUGCCGCCACAAACUCUAGCACAAACCGGUCAUUGCUCGGGCAGCAAGGUAUACCCACUGCCCAGUCGAGGCCUAUUCUGAAUCAAGCUCCCUCAACCCUAGGCCAGGUCCUGGGCGAAACUGAAAGCGACGAUCCUACAGCCCCAACGAUAUCCAACCUUGUCAAUGCUUUCACCUCCUCGACGCAACCGUCUCGACCACGGCUUCGCCACACCCCCAUAUCUAAUCGAGUUCCAGCGUCCCAGAGCCGGCAGCUAGAUCUACUUGACACGACGUCCACUACGUGCAACAGCCAACUAGAAACCGACGCCGCAUCCAUCACCGUCGUAGGCUCGGAGCCAGAGUCCUUAGAGACGACAGACGAAACCAUCCUAGCCAGGUUGGAAAACACGCAAAAGCAGGUGUCCAAGCAGCAGAUCGAUCUAGAAAAGCUAAUCGAUAUCCUCGACGUCUAUGGCAUCCUCACAAUAAUCAAGCUGAUCAUUGGACUUAUGAACGUUUGCGGCGUCAGUUUAUUGUCGGAUAAAUUGUCGGAUAAGGACAGUCAUUCCCUUCAGACUGAAGAGUGUUGUAAGAGCGAGACAGAUGAGCCGAGUGUCAUCUUCGAUGGGAAUAAAGAAGCACAAACGUCCCCCACGGCAAAACCUGAAGAAGUUGCGCAUUGAAAUGUACCUAUAUACAUCUUGAACUAUAGCAUAUUGUGCUGUUUCGGUAACGCAGCUUAUUGAUA